CUUCACCCACUGACGUUUCAAUUUCAUUUCGUAGAUCUAUGGAUGGAAGGCGUUGUAGAAGAAAUCUCAUCUUCGUUUUCGGCCUAAAUGUAAUGACGGCGGCUGAUUGAUAUUAUCAUACCUUGAUCGCUAAUAAACUUCUUUUUUCAAUUUUAGUGUAGUGCCAGUGUUCAGGAAGUGUUCUUUUUUUCCAAAUUGUAAAGAAAAGGCAUAAAACUGGUGUUCGAUAAGUCACUUGGCAAUAUGCCUGCCGUAAGGGGCGAUGGAAUGCGAGGGCUCGCAGUAUUCAUUUCUGAUAUAAGAAACUGUAAAAGUAAAGAAGCAGAAAUCAAAAGAAUCAACAAGGAGUUAGCGAACAUUAGGAGCAAGUUCAAAGGUGACAAAACCCUCGAUGGUUAUCAGAAGAAAAAAUAUGUCUGUAAGCUCCUGUUUAUCUUUUUACUUGGUCACGAUAUAGACUUUGGUCACAUGGAAGCAGUUAAUCUGCUUUCAUCUAACAAAUAUUCUGAAAAGCAGAUUGGAUACCUCUUUAUAUCUGUACUGGUGAACACAAACAGUGACCUGAUCAAACUUAUCAUUCAGAGUAUCAAGAAUGAUUUGCAAUCACGUAAUCCAAUACAUGUCAACCUUGCACUUCAAUGCAUUGCCAAUAUUGGCAGUAAAGAUAUGGCUGAAGCAUUUGGAACAGAAAUACCAAAACUUCUUGUAUCGGGUGAUACUAUGGAUGUAGUGAAACAAUCAGCUGCAUUAUGCCUUCUUCGACUCUUCCGAAAAUCUCCAGAGAUUAUUCCAGGUGGUGAAUGGACAUCACGAAUUAUACAUCUCUUAAAUGAUCCUCAUAUGGGCGUGGUGACAGCUGCAACAUCACUUAUUGAUGCUCUUGUUAAGAAAAAUCCAGAAGAGUACAAGGGUUGUGUAACAUUGGCUGUUGCAAGACUAAGUCGUAUUGUAACUGCAAGUUACACUGAUUUACAGGAUUAUACAUACUAUUUUGUUCCAGCUCCUUGGCUGUCAGUCAAAUUGUUGAGACUUCUUCAGAACUAUACGCCACCAUCUGAAGAACCUGGUGUUAGAGGUCGCCUUUCAGAAUGUUUGGAAACUAUAUUCAAUAAAGCCCAAGAACCCCCUAAAUCAAAAAAAGUACAACAUUCAAAUGCAAAAAAUGCUGUUUUGUUUGAAGCAAUCAGCCUUAUUAUUCACAAUGAUAGUGAACCCAACUUGUUGGUUCGAGCUUGUAACCAACUGGGUCAAUUUCUUAGCAACCGAGAGACUAACCUUCGUUACUUAGCCCUUGAAUCAAUGUGCCAUCUUGCAACAUCUGAAUUCUCACAUGAAGCUGUGAAAAAGCAUCAAGAAGUUGUCAUUCUUUCUAUGAAGAUGGAAAAAGAUGUGUCUGUAAGGCAGCAGGCAGUAGACUUGUUAUAUGCAAUGUGUGACAAGACCAAUGCUGAAGAAAUUGUGCAGGAAAUGCUUGCCUAUUUGGAAACCGCCGACUAUUCCAUCAGGGAGGAAAUGGUUUUAAAAGUUGCUAUAUUAGCUGAAAAAUAUGCAACUGACUUCACAUGGUAUGUUGAUGUUAUACUCAAUUUGAUUAGAAUUGCUGGGGACUAUGUUUCGGAAGAAGUAUGGUAUCGUGUCAUCCAAAUUGUUAUAAAUAGAGAAGAGGUGCAAGGAUAUGCUGCUAAAACUGUUUUUGAAGCCCUGCAAGCUCCUACAUGCCAUGAGAAUAUGGUAAAGGUUGGAGGAUAUAUCCUUGGUGAAUUUGGAAAUUUGAUUGCCGGAGACACUCGCUCAUCUCCGCAAGUUCAGUUUGAAUUACUGCACUCCAAGUAUCAUUUGUGCUCUGCAGCAACAAGAGCCCUCUUAUUAUCAACAUACAUAAAGCUUGUUAAUUUAUUCCCUGAAAUAAAAGCUCGUGUCCAAGAAGUAUUCCGGGCUGACUCUAAUCUCCGCUCAGCUGAUGUAGAGUUACAACAGAGGGCAUCAGAAUACUUACAGUUAAGUAUAGUGGCCAGUUCUGAUGUGCUGGCAACAGUUCUAGAGGAAAUGCCUGCCUUUCCUGAAAGGGAAUCUUCUAUACUAGCUGUUUUAAAAAAGAAAAAACCAGGCCGCAUACCUGAUGAAGUGAGAGACUCAAAAAGCCCACAGCCUUCAAUUCCCGCUCCAAUAAUAAAUGCCGCUAAUACAAACAAUAGUUCGAGUGCUGAUCUUUUAGGAUUGUCUACACCUCCUGGUACUACUGCACCAUCUACUGGCAAUGGCUUACUUGAUGUUUUGGGUGAUUUGUAUACAACUCCAAAAAUCAGUCCUGGCUCUGUUCAACAAAACAACUUCAAAAAGUUCUUAUUUAAAAAUAAUGGAGUACUUUUUGAAAAUGAAUUAAUACAAAUAGGAGUCAAAAGUGAAUACAGGCAGAAUCUGGGCAGAAUUGGCCUCUUUUAUGGAAACAAAACCCAAUUUGCAAUUCAAAAUGUCCACCCGGAACUUCACUGGACUGAUCACCAUAAACUGAAUGUUCAGAUGAAGCCAGUGGAACCAAUACUGGAAGCUGGGGCACAAAUUCAGCAAAUGCUUACAGCCGAAUGCAUUGAAGAUUUUUCAGAUGCUCCUAGCAUGUCCAUAUCAUUUAUGUAUAACAAUGUACCACAAAAAAUUACUAUGAAACUUCCACUAACAUUGAACAAAUUUUUUGAACCUACUGAAAUGAAUGGAGAGUCUUUCUUUGCUAGGUGGAAAAAUUUGGGAGGUGAACAGCAAAGAGCACAAAAAAUAUUUAAAGCCCAGGGUGCCAUUGAUCUGGCUUCUGCUCGUACUAAGUUGGCUGGCUUUGGAAUGCAACUAUUGGAUGGCAUUGAUCCAAAUCCUGAUAACUUUGUAUGUGCUGGAAUUGUGCAUACAAGAGUUCAGCAAGUCGGAUGCUUAAUGAGACUGGAACCGAAUAAACAAGCUCAAAUGUUUAGACUGACUGUAAGAUCUAGUAAGGAGACAGUCUCACAAGAAAUUUGCAAUUUACUAGCAGAUCAGUUUUAAAACUAUAUAUUUAUAGAGGACCACUGUUAGAAUAACAAUGUGGGACAAUGAAACUAAUAUAUACUUAUAAUAUGCUUAGAGAUUCAGCUAUAUUUAUGUAUAUUUAACUGCUGUGUUGCAGCCUAUUGAAAAAGUUAGCAAUUCACUUGUGAACUUUGCACUUUCACAAUACGAAAUUAAAAUCUCUUGUACAAUUCUGAAUUUAUUUUAUGAUUAAUUUUUCUGCUUAUUUAGAAUUAGGUGUUUUGUAUACUGAGACAAAUUUUAUUUUACGAGUAAAAGUCCAUUUUCAUAAAUAUUUUAAUAUCGAAUAAUUGAGGCUGCUAUUCGCAUCUAUUUCAGAACACUGCAUCAUUGAUUAUUGCUUGAUAAUGUGUGGUACAUCUAUGCUAUGCAAUAAUACCUGUAAAUAUCAUUAUAUCACAUCGACGUAGUAGAUCGAAGUAUCAUUUAAAUUCAAUUUCAAUUCUACAAUAAAUUCACUAUUUAGGAUUUCUAGCACAGGGGGCUUUAACACGAACAUUGAUAAGAGAUUAUAAUAUGUGUUAUGUUCCUUCCACUUUGAGGUAAUCUUAAUUAAAUAGA